CGAGGGGAAGGGGCGUUAGGAGCCACCUGUAGCGCGUGCGAGUCACUCACCGAGUCGCCGUGGCUCCCUUGCUCAGCGGCUCCCCGCGGAGCGCUGAUGACUGACUCUCGCGGGGGGGGGCGGGGAGCGCGGCUUGAGCCUUCUCGGCGCCCGUAGCUCCAGACCCUGUGACGGGCCAGACUGCCUCCGCUGAGUGUAGCAGCUCGGGGCGUUCGAAAGGGCCCGGCGCGCGGGGCUGGGAGCGGCGGCGGCACCCGGAGCAGAGCGGCGGCGAUGGCUGAUUACUGGAAAUCACAGCCAAAGAAAUUCUGUGGUUACUGCAAGUGCUGGAUAGCAGACAACAAGCCUAGCAUUGAAUUUCAUGAAAGGGGAAAGAACCAUAAGGAAAAUGUGGCAAAGAAAAUUAGUGAGAUUAAAAAGAAAAGUAUGGAAAAGGCAAAAGAAGAAGAAAAAAUGUCAAAGGAAUUCGCAGCAAUGGAGGAAGCUGCACUGAAAGCAUAUCAGGAGGAUCUGAAAAGGCUUGGAGUUAAGUCAGAUUCUAUAGGUCCCAGUUCAACACAAAGUAAACAGGAGGAAAAGAAAGAAAAGAAGGAAAAGAAAAAAAAGAGAAAAGACACCUCAGAAGCGUCAUCAGAUGAAACAAAGGAAUGGGUGCAAGGACUUUCCCCUGAGGGUUACAUGUAUUACUACAAUACUGUAACCGGAGAAUCACAGUGGGAGAAACCUGAAGGAUUUCGAGACAACUCUCGAAACUCACAAAUGACAGGAGUAUGGGUGGAAGGAGUCAGUGAAGAUGGUCAGACCUACUAUUAUAAUACAGAGACAGGAGUAUCAACGUGGGAGAAGCCUCAUGGUUUUGUUUCAUCUUCGUAUGAGAGCAAUAAAGAUGACAAUCAUCCUGAAGAACACACCACAGCGGAUUCAAAGGGAUCUGAAUCAGAUGCUGAGAAGGAUGGUAAUAAAAGUGAAGUACAAAAGCCAGAAACAAACUUAAAGAUGAAAAGAGACAGCGAUGAAGAAACAGAGGAAGAGAAGCCCCCCAAAGUUAAAAAGAUAAGCCCUUAUGGAGAGUGGCAGGAAGUUAAACAAGAAACUGAUGUUGCUCAGGAUGAGGCCCCAUCAGUUCCGCAAGUUACCUCCCACAAUGUAUCUAAAAAGACAAACCCUUAUGGAAACUGGGAGACAGUUACAGAAAAGGAAGACCCAUAUGAAAAAGUGGACUUAGAGCUUCCCAGUACAGAGAGUGACUAUCUCCCUCUGCCAGUGCUCCAGGUUCCAGAGGAUGCAAAAAUGAUAUUUAAAGAAAAAACAGUCACCUCCCUUGGAGACCUGACAGAAGAGGUGCCGAUCUUCAAAAAGAGAAAAUUUGAAAAUGGAAAAUCUAGAAAUUUACGACAAAGACCAACUGAUCAGUAAUAAAUUAACAAAGCAUUUUAGAUGCUGUUUAAACGAGAGAGGGUGAAAAGUUACUAUUUUAAACAAGCUUUUUUUAAAGAAAAUGUUGGUUAGAAAUUAAGAAUUUAUAGUUAUUCAAAAAUGUAUUGAAUGUGGAUUGUAAUAAAUUUUUUAUUUUUAUGUUAAUGUGAUUAUAUUUUGUUUUCUGAAUGGAUAAUUGCACAAUUUAUGCAGUGUUGUAAAUACAUUUAUUUUUUAUUUUAAGCCGAUCUGAUUUCAGUUUGCUCAAUGUGUGCUACUUAAAAUACAAUAUAAUAUAUAAGAUUUUGACUACUCUCCUAGGUAUAUGGGAAUACAUCAAUGCAUAACUUGGAAAAAUAUGGUACAGAGCAUGUGUGUGAACACAAGGAGUGGAUAAGCGGCAGUCCACAGGUACCCAUGUACUAGAAAGUAGAAUUAAGACCCAAUAUGAUAUAAGCAGAGUGGUCUUCCAGCAAAUAAGCUUUGAUUUAAUAGUUACAAAAUUGAAGGUGAUGCAAGUGCAACUCACUCCACGUAUAAUUUGAGAUUUUCAAAGCCAAGGUAGGGGAGUGAGCCACACAGAUCCCAUUUAUUACAAAAGCGAGUUUUGAAACUUUUGAAAAUCUCAGCCAAGUGUUCUAACUUAGAUUCAUGGAAAGCAAGACUGUACAUACAUGAUAAAUAUAUUGCAAGUAUACAGAGAUUCAAACCUUGUUCUGAUUAAUCUGUUUUUCAUGAUACCAUGAUAAGUACCACCUCUGUGUCGCACGUAUUUCUAUGGUAUCUUCCCCAUUGUGUUUUUUACUGUAUAUUUUUGUGUCCAUGAUUUUUCCUCCAGUUACACAUUUAUUUUCUUUCUUCUCUCCAUAUUUUCUUUGUCUGUUUCCUUAUAAGUCAGGAAUGGUCACACACAGUAGUUUCAUGAACAAGUCCUUCAAAGUUGGAGUCAUGCUCCAAGGCAAGACACUAUUUUAGUGGUUGUUGCUUGUGUGAAAUGUUCAGAUGAGUGCACUGCCUAGCUACACAGUGCUAGACUACUGAUCAUAGAAUCUGGUAGAGACCAAGUGUAUAGUGAUCCCAACGUGUGGACGUAUGUUAGGAGAGGAAAACAGAAGGAUGAUAGACAUAGUUGAUUGCAGGGCUGUCACAGAAAGCUGCAGCUUGAAGUCCAUGACAUAAAUGAUUAAACACUUUCUUAAGGUUAGUGUCCUAAAAUUCACAAAUUGAGUUGAUUUCUAUUUUUUCAGAUGAUAGAGUGGUCUGUGUUUAGCAUCAUCAAAGUCCAUGGACUGCAAAAGAUGUCAAGUAUCAGGGGGUAGCCGUGUUAGUCUGUAUCCACAAAAACAACAAGGAGUCCGGUGGCACCUUAAAGACUAACAGAUUUAUUUAGGCUUAAGCUUUCAUGGGUAAAAAACCUCAUUUCUUCAGAUGCAUGGAGUGAAAGAUACAGAUGCAGGCAUUAUAUAAUGACACAUGAAGAGAAGGGAGUACCUCACAAGUGGAGAACCAGUGUUGGCAGGGCCAAUUCGCUCAGGGUGCAUGUAGUCCACUGCAUUUCUUUACUUGAGCAAAGGCAAUGUCUUUGUGGCCCUGCAGUUCAUUCUACAGGGGGUGUGAAUUGCAGCAUGCCCUAGCAUGUUGUGCUGUCACUUCCCUGUGUGAAUGCUUCAGGCACAAAUUAGGAGAUGCCCAGUUCACCGUUAACUUAGGCCUCUUUUAAACAAGACUAUGUUAAUGCAAACUUAGGUACCUUUUAGUUCGUGUCAGCGGCAUCCACAUGGCGUUACAGUGCAGCAUGCUAGUGCAUGCUACAGUUCAUACCCUCAGAGUCUGUACUGAAGGGGUGUGUAGACAAAUCUAAAGAGUGCAGGAUUGGAGACCUUGACUGUAAAUUACAAUAGAGAUUUUUUUAAAAAAUUUUUUUGGAGCUCUGAUAUUUUCUGUGGAUGCAGAGAGGAAUUAAAUGAUUACAGAUUCAGGCCCUUGUGUGCUGCUUGUGUUGCACUGUCAUGACAAUUAUGUUUAUCAUGGUACCUGCCACGCUGUGAGAAAUUUCAAGGAGCUGUUUAGUGUCCACUCAGAGACCAGCCCACAUAGGAGCAACUUUUCAGGAUGCUCUGAAUGGCCUUGUGGUCAUAGGUCAAGUAAUGGUUACAUUUAUUCUUUGCUCACAUGAUCAAUAAGGAAAAGUACUAUGCAGGUAGUGGCCUAGGACACCUGAAUUGGUGUGAUUAUGUAGAAAAUGCCUAACUAUAGCUAUAUGUCGUGUUAAAAAAAAAUCUUAAAAUGAGAAAUUAAAAUUGUUAGAACUUUUGUUCCUUGAGGAGCUCCUGAAAAAAGGCAGCCAGAAAUCAAAGACAUUGCAAUAUGCUGAGUUUAAUAGAUCAAUCUUAAAAAAAAAAAAAAAAUCCAGACACUUAUUUUUUAGUAUGAAAAAGGGUCAGAGGUUUUCUUUAUUCACCACUGACAGUCUCUUUUCUCCCUGGUGGUUCUUCUGAUUUUAUAUGUAAUGGCUACUAAAGAAGGAGAGUUGAAAAGCCUCUAGCCCAUAACUUAUUAAAAAUUUACAAAUUGUUCCAUCAGAAGUAAAAUUUACAAACUGAGCCAACAUGAGCUGAGAGUCGCAGUAAAGUUGGAUUAGGAUAAGUAUAGCCGCUUUCAUUAGGCACAUUUGUAUGAUAAUAAGUGUGGUUUCUAAAACCUACUUUCCACUUCAUGUGAAAUGAAUCAUUUAGGUUCCUUCCCAAAAAACACAUUGAUAAUUAUUGUAAGUAUUAUGUCUUUUUAAAAUGUAAUCUGGGCUCUAAGAACAUAAGAACGGCCAUACUGGGUCAGACCAAAAGUCCAUCUAGCCCAGUAUUCUGUCUUCUGACAGUGGCCAAUGCCAGGUGCCCCAAAGGGAAUGAACAGAACAGGUAAUCAUCAAGUGAUCCAUUCCCUGUUGCUCAUUCCCAGCUUCUGGCAAAGCUUGAGAAGCUUCAUAUUUAAAUAGGCAUUGUUGCUUUUGGACCAUGCUCCAGCACUUUGGCAGCUAUUCCGUUUCAUAUCUAAACUAAAUAUUUUCUGAUCACAUACAGAAGUGUUACCUCAUCUAAGAAUUAGUUAGGAAUACUGAUACUCCAGGGCAUAUUUACUACAUAUGCACUGAUCAUCUCAUUUCCUAAGCUCUCAUGCCUUUGGCACUCAGCACCCCAGGGGAUUUUAUAGUAACUAGUUAUGCUCUGUGUAUUCUAAUCCUUCUUUAAAUUGCACUUCUUUAGCAAGUCCUAUUAAUGUUAAUUUGUCAAACAAAGCAAGGUUUUAUUGUUUAAAAAAAACCUGCAGUGUUUUCUGAUCGAUCAG